UAGAGAAUAACCAGAGUGACACGUUGCAAGUUCGACAUAAUCAAGGAGGACCUUUCUAGGUGGUGGUCUCUGAAAUUGCUCAGUGAGCACUCCUAAUUAACCUGAUUUUUUGGUGAUAAUCACACACAAUGGAAUCAAAUAAAAAAUCCGGGGAUGGAUUGACCGGCAUGCAGAAAGAAGCUGCCCUACGCACUUUAAUUCAGCGCACAGGAUAUAGUUUGAUUCAGGAAAAUGGUCAACGAAAGUAUGGAGGGCCACCACCAGAUUGGGAUGGACCACCACCAGAACGAGGCUGUGAGAUUUUCAUUGGAAAACUUCCCCGAGAUCUCUUUGAAGAUGAACUUAUACCGUUAUGUGAAAAAAUCGGUAAAAUCUAUGAGAUGCGGAUGAUGAUGGAUUUCAAUGGAAAUAAUAGAGGAUAUGCUUUUGUAACAUUCUGCAACAAACAAGAGGCAAAGAAUGCAGUCAGGCAACUGAACAAUUAUGAAAUUCGGGAUGGUCGGUUACUUGGGGUUUGCGCCAGUGUGGACAACUGCCGCUUAUUUGUAGGGGGCAUUCCGAAAGCCAAGAAAAGGGAAGAGAUUUUAGCCGAGAUGCAGAAAGUGACGGAUGGUGUGGUUGAUGUCAUUGUGUACCCCAGCGCAGCUGAUAAGGCAAAAAACCGUGGGUUUGCUUUCGUGGAAUAUGGAAGCCAUCGAGCAGCAGCCAUGGCAAGACGAAAACUGCUUCCAGGACGGAUACAACUAUGGGGGCAUCCAAUUGCUGUAGAUUGGGCAGAACCAGAAGUUGAGGUUGAUGAAGAUACAAUGUCAUCAGUUAAAAUCCUCUAUGUGCGAAAUCUUAUGUUAUCUACUACUGAAGAAACAAUUGAAAAAGAAUUCAACAACAUUAGGCCAGGUUCAGUGGAACGUGUGAAGAAAAUUAGAGACUAUGCAUUUGUGCACUUUAAUAACCGAGAAGAUGCUGUGGAAGCCAUGAAAGUCUUAAAUGGGAAGCUGUUGGAUGGCUCUCCCAUUGAAGUCACAUUAGCAAAGCCAGUUGACAAAGACAGUUACAUUAGAUACACCAGAGGUACAGGAGGACGAGGAGCAGCAUUGCCAGAAUUUACCUACACAUUUGGCCAUGUCUAUGAUCCUGCCACAGCUUACCUAGGAGCUCCAGUUUUCUAUGCACCACAAGCCUAUGCUGCUAUUCCCAACCUUCAUUUUCCUGCUACUAAAGGCCAUCUCACCAACAGAGGCAUUAUUAGGCCUUCAUCCAUUAGAGAAAUUUACAUGAAUGUACCUGUAGGGGCUGCUGGCAUUAGAGGACUAGGCGGUCGAGGAUACUUGGGUAAUCCUGCCCUGGGUCGUGGAUACCAGCUUAAGGCAGAAAAAAGAGGGGAGGACAAACUCUACGACAUUUUGCCCGGAAUGGAGCUUACGCCAAUGAAUCACGUCAGUUUAAAGCCACAGGGAAUUAAACUUGCUCCACAGAUAUUAGAAGAGAUCUGCCAGAAGAAUAACUGGGGACAACCCGUCUACCAACUUUAUUCUGCCAUUGGACAAGACCAAAGACAACUCUUCUUAUAUAAAAUCACUAUUCCUGCCCUGGCCACUCAAAAUCCUACAAUGCAUCCCUUCACACCACCAAAGCUAAGUGCAUACGUAGAUGAAGCCAAAACAUACGCAGCAGAAUAUACUCUUCAGACCUUGGGGAUUCCCAGUGAAGGAGCAGAACCGUCUGCCACUAAUGUACCGUUUCCUGGAUACAUUGCUAAUACAGCUGCCACUGUAGCAGCUACUCAGCUUAAGCAAGCAGUGGCUCUAGGACAAGAUUUGGCAACCUACACAGCCUAUGAAGCUUAUCCAGCCUUUGCAGUAGCUACUCGUAGUGAUGGUUAUGGAGCCUUUUAAACACACACACACUGUAUGUAUGUGUGUGUGUGUGUGUGUGUAUACAUACAUACAUACAUACACACACAUGCACACACACACGUACAUACCUCCAGCUUUAUUUAAAUAUCUCUUUCAUUAUCAAGCUGUGGCAGUAGUAAGAGCUAUUCCAGGUUAAUUACUAAUCACCCUUAAUUAUUCUCUAUUAAUGGUAAGGCAUAAUUUGAUAUGGCAAGAAUUCUUUGCUUUUAGCUUAGCAAUCUGAAUAAUGGUAAAUAGUGGUAGACACUGAACUAGAAAGGAAAGAAAACUUUUUCAGAUAUACACACAGACAUACUCAAUGAUCCUUGAUGGCAAUAUUCAACAGAACUACUUUCAAUAGUACUAUUAGUAAUGUAAAGACCUUUGAAGUUAUGAAGCUAUUGCAUUUCUGAAAUUCUCGUCAUAAAACGUUUUGUACAGCUACAAAAUCUGAGUAGUGUGAUUGUCACAAUCCUAGGAACAUAUGGUAGAAAACGUGUGAAUGCAUUUACAGUGUUGCUGCCAGUGUUAAGGUGAUCUUAGGUAAGAUGCCUUCUGUGGUGGGGUUAGGGGUACACAAACACAUUUGCAGACACUCUACUUUUUUCAUUGUUUCCUUCAAUUCUCCCCUCCUAGCACCAUUUUUCUCUUCUUGUUCAGUAUAGUCCACAUCCAUAUGCACUACUUCUGGGCAUUUGUAUCAAUUAAAAAAAUGAAAACAGCUCCUGGAAUGGGGGCAUCAUAAUUGCAAAUAUAAUGAGUAGUAAAUGAAGUUUUGUACUGUUAAGGAACUUAUGAAAAUUAGAAGAAGAUGCCCUUUUUACUGAAAGAGCACCCCUUGGAAAGAAUGAAUUCAAUUCCCUUUUCCACAUGGUGCAAUUUUCCCUGUGCCUAUAAUUUCCAAUUUUUAAAGAUGUCUAUUAAAUGCAAAAACACAUUUAAGGUCACUUAAGGUUUGACUCUUAACAGCUAUUCUGGGUUCUAUUCAUUAAACUACGGUUGGCACCAUCUCCACUGGUCACAGCCAAUAACAAAAUCUAGAGUACAGUCCUAUACCUAUCUGUGCAGAUACUCAUCCUGUUGAAUUCAAACAGGCUUACUCUCAAUAUUUAUUGAUGUGCACUUCAACCCAUUGAAAUCAGUGUUUUUAAGUGCAAUUAACUUGGGGUUGGGUCGCUACCACUAUCAAUUAGCAAACUAAGACUGCAGUCCUAUAAUUUCUCACCUAGAAAUAAGCCCAAUUCAUUGGGACCUACUUCUGAGCAGACAUAUAUAGGACUGAACCGUAACUGAAGAGUUUCCAAGAUAUAAUAGAAAACACUGCCAUUACAAGUAUAGCUUUCUUUUUGAGUUUUGAGACUUGCCAUUUUUUAACUUAAAAAUAGUGUUUCUGCUAUGGUGUUAGGAGGAAAACAACACAGCUUAAAAUAUGAGGACAGUAUUUGAAGACAAAUUAGUUCUCAGAACUCAAAAUUAUUUUUUGGACUAAAUUGUUGCUUUGGAAUGAUAGUUUGAAAUAUCCAAGGAAGUCACACAACCUGAUCCGGUGCAUCUUUAUUCAGAAGCGAACCCCACAUUCUCAGUUUUAGUUACUACAAGGGAAUGUACAUCAAAUUGCAGUUUAGGCUGUAAUUGCAAGUUAUCCUUUAGCUGAAUUUUGGAGUAUGUGCUUAUUUUUAAUAUUUUAGUAAACUACGUGAAAAUAUUUCAUAGACUAGACUGUAUAUCUGAUAUAAAAUAAUUCUAUUUUCUGUCCCAUUCAGCUAGUUCAUCUGCACAUGGAUUUUCAAGGAAAGUAAAAAUAAAAUUUGCUGUAUUCCUCAGAGCAAAUCAGAACAAAUCUUACAGAAUGCCAAUAUGUUAAGGUUGAAUUUUGAUAUAUACUGUAGCAUGAAUCAUACACACAGCCCACUUUUUUUCCAAAUUUAACACCUAGUUUGGCUCCUUUUUCUUUGUUCGUAUAAUACAUUCAUGAAAAGUCAUAAAUUAUAAAAGUUUAUUUCUUUCCGAUCCUAGUGCGGAUCACCAUGAGAAUAGAAAUAGGAACUUGAUGGGGAAGAGAAUUCUUAGCAACUCUGCCAUGUCAAAGUGAUUUUUCUAAUCAAAGCUCUAGCAGUCCUCUUUAUUGCUUCUCUGGCACAGGUUCCACUUGCCAAGUUCUUGGCUCAUUUCAGUUUCUGUUCUUGUAAAUGACUCUUCUUUAUGAUUGAGUUUGAACAGUCUUUCUCAUCCUGGUGCCUUCCAGAUGUAUGGGGUUACAACUGCUAUCAAGCUGGUUGGUGAACUUGUAUCUCAGCCUUCAGUGUUCUCAAGUGCCAAAAUUUAUAACUAUUGACUGCAGUAUCUUUUAGGGUAUUCACUACUGAAUAACAAUGUUAAUCAAAAUGGACUUCAGCAGAUAACUAGUUAUUGUGAAUAUUCAUUUAAUGAGGGUGAUGAACAAUAAUCGGUGCUCAUUCCUAAAUGUGGUGAUGCCAAAAUGAUGAAAUGUGUAUCAUGACAUCACAACUCAUUUCAUAUUUGUGUUGCAACAUCUCAUGCAAGUACACAAGGGAUGGGGUUUUUACUGCAUAUUAUAAUGUGCAUUUCAUCAUUUGCCCUCUACUGCCAAGGCUAACAAUGGAUUUAUAUUUCAUUGUCACAGUGGCAACAUACUUAUUUUUCUUCUUGAAGCCACUGGGGGACCCUUAGGGAACCCAGGGCCUCUUUCCAAAUACCCCAGGCAGCAUCUUCUAAUGAGAUGUGAUCAUCUUCAUGGGCCUGCUGCCUCUAUAUUGUAAAACACUGUCUCUCUGGCCAAUAGUUUUAAAAAGAGUUUUUAUUGUCCUUCUGUAGAGCAACAUGAGAACUGUGAAUUUAACUGGCUUUUAAAUGCAUCCAGUUUCUGAGCCAGAAACAUACUAGUAAAAAAUGAAUGGCAUUAGAAACACAGAAAGCUGUGCUAGUUCAUUUGGUUUAGUACUGUCUAUGUUUAUAAACUGUGGUUCUCAAAGGCUUUGCUACCUGGAGAUGCCAGGAAUUGAAAAGCAUGAACUUUCCUAUUGCUACAUUUCUAGGAGUGCCUUAUUCAAGAGAUGGCAGGGCUCCUACAUCUAACUGUGUUGGAGUACAUUUUAAUUAGGAUGAGUUUGUUCCUUUGUUGCACUCCAGAGGAAAGAAGGACUGCCUGCAGUGUAUUUUGAUGGUGUGCAACUGUUAGAGCCACAAAACAAAAUUGUUUCACAAUUUAAAAACAUUGUCUGAUCCACAACAUGGGACAAUUUAAGAAUGCCCCGUCUCCUAAAUACAGAAAAUCUGUUAAAUGUGCUAUAUUCAUGCUGAGCGAAUCAGGUCUUGGAAGAGUUGAUUUAUUUGAAUUUCUUUCCAAUGGGAUAUGAAGCCCAUUAUAGAAAAUAUUCUAGCAUAAACUUCACAAAUAAGCAAAUGAAUCAGUGGAGCAAUGCCCAAUAAAACAUAACUGAGUCAUGUUCACAGUGUUCCAAUCCAUGCUGUGCAUGCCUAGGACCAUACUAGACUGAUGUGAUGCUUCUUUGCUACACUCAUGUAAAAGCUGUGAGCUCCCAUUCUCAUCAUGUACUGCAUACAUGAAAGAUGCCGGCCUACUAUAAUCUUCAAUCUGCUACUCUCCAGAUGUCUUGAGAUUAUAAUACCCAGAUUUCCUAGGCUAGUUUAUGCAGAUCCCUCCUCAGCUUGACAUUACAUCUGCAAUUGACUAUUUUUAACCUAUGCACAGGUAAUCUUUUAUAUAUUGCAGACAGGAGCUCAAUAUAAACAAAAAGAAAAACGGAUAAGUGAAAGAUCUUCAGCAAUUACCUAAACACUGUAAAUAAGCCAACAAUAUUGUAUUUAGAGGUAAGCUUUUCCAUAAAACUCACUCACAAUGAAUAAAGGAAACAUUGCACAGUGUAGAGUGUAAAAUACACUUCAGAAUCCAAAUGCAAGCAAUGGUGGAGUUUUUGCAAAUGAAGAGAUACCUCUCUCACUACUUAUUCUUGAUGCAAGCAGAAACCGAUCUCAGAUCUAUAACUGCCAGGAGUUGUAUUAUCAGUGUUAGUUAUCCCAGUGCUGUAAAAACUACUGCUUCCUGGUUCCUUGUUCACUUUUUACAAAUAUGUCCACUCUCUGUGCUUUGCUCUGCUUAAUUGAAUUCAUUGAACUCAAUUCAGUGUAUAUUCCUUUCCUGGUUCCUGGUUCUGGUUUGGACAUUUCUGUGCUUUUAAAUUUGCACAACACAACAGAGGAAAACCAUUUAAAAUGACACCAAUGUGCUCAAUGGGAUAAACUGUAUAUUUUAUAUUACUUUAACCUUGCUUUCUCUUAUCAUUUCUUAGCAUAUCAACCUCUCAAAUUAUGCCAAUGCUACCUCUGCAAUUGGCAGUGACUUUUCCAGGUCUCAGAUAAGAGGUGUUGUUGUUUUUUUUACCAGUCCUUGCAUUUAGAGACCUUUUACCCACACAGAGGAAGAGUCCCAGGGGUGUAUUUCGGAUCUUAACCAUUCCUACAUUAGUAGGAAUCAUGAGCAUGGCAAAAAUCAUCUCACCUGUUUGAUGAUCCAUGGGUAGGCCAUCGUGUAGGUUGUCAUUUUCUCCCCACAUCAACACAAUGUCUGGGGGAUAACAUAUGUAUAUGUGUCUUUGUGGUGUAUUUGAAGUGGUAUGGAGAACAUUUCCCACUGCUGUUGUAACAUUUCACUACACGGGCAACAUGUAACGUGGGGCAGUCUCAAAGCUGUUUGAAAUCACUCUUAUUAAUUAUACACUUGUCAAAGCUUCCAAGAAUUACUAUAGUCACACAGCUAAUGUAUUAACAGAAAAGAUGUCUAUUGAAUUAAAAUUGUUUCUUACUUCUGUUAACUGUAUACUCACCUGUUUCCCCAUGCACACUAUUUAUAUACAGUAAGAUAAAGCUGGUGCCAAUAACAUAGAAACAGUAUUAAAAAGUGUAUAUGUAAAAGCACUUAUAUUUUCAUAUUUGUAUUACAGUCUUUGUAUAGAACUGUAGCACUGUGAAAUUAUGUAUAAUUACCUUGAUUUGACAUACAGUUGUUUGGAAAACAGAGUUCAGCGGCCAUCUCUUGAACUGUAAAUAAUUAAGAAAAAACUUGUCAAAUCACAGUCUAUGACCUUUUUUGUUAAUCAGAUGGAUGUUAAGAAAUGAUUAAAUUUUUUUAUGUAGAA